CUCUAUCCGACACGCAUGCAUACGGAGCGACGGGCUACGCGACCCCCCCCACCGCCCCACUCCCCCUUCCAUCAUUUCCCCAUCUCUUACUCACUCUCUUCCCUACAACAAACAUGGCCGCGAAAUCCGACGGUGCAGCCGUCUCUCUACGAAACGAAAUCCCAGCGGAGUGUCCCUCCGGGUCGGACCCGCGGCCUUCCCGGCACCGCGCGGCCGAGCAGCGCUACUCCGUCCCGGACUGCUGCUGGACGCUGUGCGCCCUUUUGGUCUUCUUCUCGGACGGGGCCUCAGACCUGUGGCUGGCCGCGGACUACUACCUCAGGGGCUCCUACUGGUGCUUUGCCCUCACGCUGGUCUUUGUGGUGAUCCCGUCCGUGGUCGUGCAGGUGUUGAGCUUCCGAUGGUUCGCUUACGAUUUCACGGAGACCGUCGAGAGCGGCGCGGCUGCGGCCGCCGCCGUGGUGGGAGGGGGGGCGUCCACCGCCGGGCAGAGCGACUUCAGCACCACGGACAGCGGCGAGCGGGGCGCUGGCCGCUCCGCGGAGGCCGGGUCGCUGCCGGGACCGGGCACCGGGGGAGGAGUCCGGGGCUGCUGCAGAGCCUUCGUGUGGCUCUUCCAGGCCAUCAUUCACAUCUUUCAGCUGGCGCAGGUCUGGAGGUACGUCCACGCCCUGUAUUUGGGUGUGCAGAGCCGCUGGCACAGGGACCCCGAGCGCCGGCACUACUACUGGCGCAUGAUGUUUGAGAGCGCCGAUAUCAGCAUGCUCCGUCUGCUUGAGUCCUUCCUGAAGAGCGCCCCCCAGCUGGUUCUGCAGCUCAGCAUCAUGAACCAGGCCACUCAGGUGCUGCCCCUUCAGGGGCUUUCAGCUUCCGCCUCACUGAUAUCUCUCGCCUGGAUGGUCGCCUCCUACCAGAAAGCCCUGAGGGACUCCCGGGACGAUAAGCUACCCAUGACCUACAAGGCCGUCAUAGUUCAAAUUCUGUGGCACCUGUUUACCAUCGGCGCCCGCACGCUGGCCUUUGCCCUGUUUGCCUCUGUGUUCCAGCUUUACUUCGGCAUCUUCAUCGUGGCCCACUGGUGCAUCAUGACGUUCUGGAUCAUUCAAGGCGAGACGGACUUCUGCAUGUCCAAGUGGGAGGAGAUCAUCUAUAACAUGAUGGUGGGCAUCGUAUACGUUUUCUGCUGGUUCAGUGUUCGGGAAGGGCGCACUCGCUGCAGGAUGCUCAUUUACAGCCUGACUGUGUUCAUUGAGAAUGUGGCGCUCACCACUGCCUGGUAUUUGUACCGCGACCCUCGUACCUCAGACUUCUACGCCGUCAUCAUGGUGUGCGCGGUGGCGAGCAGCUACGCCCUGGGCACCUUCUUCAUGUUCGUGUAUUACUGUCUGCUGCACCCCGACGGCCCCAUCUCCGGGUGGGGCUACAUCGUGGCGAAGGAGGUGCCUGUCGAGACGCUGGCCUCUCCGGCAGCCAGCCUCCCCCCCGACGUGGUGAGCAGCCCCCCCAGGACCCUUCAGAGAACUAAAGGGUCAGAAGGAGAACGGGGCUCCGGGGUGGACGCAGACGUGUUUCAGGUGCGAGCACUCCGGGGAGCUCAGGCCCCGGCGCCCAACCUAACGCCCAGAACAGAGGGGCCUGUCAUCCGCAUAGACCUGCCCAGGAAGAAGUACCCCGCCUGGGACGCUCACUUCAUCGACCGCCGGCUGCGCAAGACCGUCCUGGUGCUGGAAAGCGCCGCCCCGGUCACGCCGAGGAUUCAGUACCGGUGUCUGGGCACACCCAAAGAAGUGAUGGAGUACGAGACCACCGUGUGACGCGCCGACGGUGCUGUUGCCGAGCUUGAGCCGCGUGCCGCGUGCACACCCUGCCUUAAAUGACGUGGCAGGUGGAGGACUGUCACUGAGCAGUCUGUGUCAGCGCGCCGCGCCCAACUUGAUUGCUCUCUGCAUGGUCACUUAGCGGAGAAACAGGUGUGAGAGUGUGGCGUCUUUAUCUCUUACAAAGGCAAAGUGCUGUGAUGUUGUGUGACGAUGGUGCAUAUUUCGGUUCUGUAUCAUUUCUCAGGUCGGGGUGUGGUACACGAGGUUGACGUUAGCAGGGAACUUGCUGUCCGGUGGAGUUAGAGAGAAGCACAGGUAGUCAGAGAAGUGGAGCUGAUCCACAAUCCGAGGCCCUCCGGAGAAGGUUGCUUCUGCGCAUCCUCUCAAGUCGGCCAACAACAAAGACGAGCCUUCAACAUGCGUGAUUAUUUAUGGCAGCUGGGGAGGAAACGUCAUCGAACCAGAUGUGGAAUGGUGACCGGCGUUUCAAGGUGGAGAACUCGCACUGUAAUUUUAAACCCAAACUACAAUAAUGAAAUCACAGGCACUGAUGAUCAUAAUCAUAAUUUACCAUAGCUACUCACUCAUGUUGAAGGAUUCUCUGAAAAUGCUGAAUGUAAAAACAGUUGAAAACGUGAUUAUUUGUGACCAGGCUUCGAGCGUUUAUGUUGUCAGUGGGAUUCACAACAUCCCUGUGGUACAGCACUUGUUUUUCGUUCUUCAGGUAAGCUAGGAUAAAAAGAUUUGUGUGUUUACAAGCAAUCUGUUGUUUUUGGGACAUGCCAUCAAUGUUAUUCCAGUAUGAUGCACCUUCAUCCAGAAUGUGUACUGAACAAUAGUUACAUUAUGAUUUACAAGAUGUAUUCGGAUAGGACUCUCAACAUGUGUAUUUUCAUACUUUACACAGCAAAGGAAACCAGACCCUCAUUUCCAUGUAAGUUAAACUGUAAAAUGAAGAGGACGUUACCAAGGGACCACACUGUCGGUUAAAAUACUGUAUCCAUACUAUGUUGUCUGAAUAAUGUAGAGCGAACAUAAUUAGCUGCAGACUCGGAAUAGCUUUGAUAUUAUUGAUGGUACAGGCGUGUGAAACUUGUGGUAACAUUUCUAUUUUACAGUAUUGGAAGUUUAAUUUUCAUUUUUCUCAAGAUAAAUAUAUUUUACCUGGAUAUGCGUUGAAGGGAAUAUAGACUAUGGUCUAUUUAAUCCCCAAAAUAAUCUAUUCAUUAUCCACAAAUUAUUGGAAAAUUCUUCAUAUAUGAUGAAUUGAAUACUCACCAUGCUCAACUAAUUACACAUUUCUGACUUGUAGAGUCAUGGUCACGCUUAGCAUUUAAUAUAAAUGCAUUAUUUGGCAUUUAUUUAUAUAUAAUCAGUGCUAAACAUUGUUUUCCAGGAACCUCCCUAUAUAAAAUGAUCACAAAUUCAUGGUCCUGUGAAAUAAAGUGAAACCGUACUUUAUUUUAUCAGGCCUGUUUUUGUAUAGAGUAGUCACAAGAAGGAGAUUUCUGAACUGUGUGUUUUUGUGUGUAUGUAUGUGUGAGCUCAUAUACCAGCAUGUGUAUGGCUGUAUGUGGGGGGAGGGGAGUCCUGCCAUGUACAUUUAAGUUAAUUUGAAAUGUGUCAUUGAGAUAAGACAGUUUUGUUGUAAACACUGUCCAGUCAGCUCAAUUUCCCCCAGAUGACACCAGAAUGAACGCAUAAAAGCCCAUUUAACACCUUUACAACGCUGUUGCAGUAAAAAAUAAUAAGAAAAAAAGCCAGAGAGGUUUCGAAUAUGGUGCUAACUGUUUGAGUCCAUUACAUCAUCACUACCACACGGUGCACCAUACAAUUAGCUCGUCAUGGCAGGGCUGUACCUCAAAACACAAAGCUAGAAUCAAAAAGCCUUAAACUGGUCGUACCAGGCGGUUGCUGUUCAGAACAAGAAAGAAAAUAAUUCAAAAGAAGGUGAAGACAAUUUCAUUAUGGUGUUGUUGCUAAAAUAAAGAGCAAUGUGUUUACCUGA